CCGGACUCACCAGGGCCUGAAUUUGCAUCUAGACGCUUGCAUUCGAUCAUUCAGACGGUCAGUAUAUUCUUCCUUGUGUGUGGGCCUGUUGCCCUGCCCGGAGUCUUCAUCUAGCUCCCGACUCUUCGCCGAGUGCCGCCGCACUUGAUCUCCUCCGCCGAGUGUUUGCCGCUGACCGAACAACCUCGGGUUUAAGUCUUUACGACCGUCGCAACGCACAUUCGCACACAUUUCCACAACAAUCGCAUCCAGACAGCUUCUGUCCAAGCCAACUCCCAUGAGCGGAUCUUCUGCAAAACUGUGCGCGGACUACUUGCCCGGUGCACUGAGGGCUCGGGGCCCUUUAUUGCGUGCGGUUCCUCGGGGCACUCGCCAGGCAGGCGUCAGGGAGUAUAGACGGGGCAUUCAUGGCGCGACCAACCCUCGCUAUCGUCUGUCGGUGGCGGCACACGGUGUCCGGGUCUGCGACCAUGCAAAUGUGAGAUCUUCGCAGGACCAGUAUGCGCGCCGCUUUGCGACAGCCGUUGAGGGGAAGACUGUGGAGGAAGAAGUUGCAACUGGGCUGCAGGGCGGUCCGUUGGUGGAAUAUGAUCUUCGAGUCCAGCAGGGUCGGUUGCGCGAUGAUCCCUAUCAGAGACAGAUCAUCGAGAAAUUGCAGGACCUGUACGAGAGAUUGAAAUUAUACAACCCCCCGCCGGUCGUCCAGCCCAGCGUGGAAUCGCUUGACGCAAAGCCCAAGUCGUUCUUCGGCUCGCUGUUUGGGCGCAGCAACGCGAAGCAGGAACUCGCGAUCCCCGAGAGCCUCCCGCAGGGACUAUACAUGUACGGCGAUGUCGGAUGCGGCAAGACCAUGCUCAUGGAUCUGUUCUACGAGACCCUCCCGCCCAACAUCCCCACCAAGACGCGCAUCCACUUCCACAACUUCAUGCAGGAUGUGCACAAGCGCAUGCACGUUGUCAAGAUGAAGUACGGCAACGAUUUUGAUGCGCUGCCUCUUGUGGCGGCUGCUAUCGCCGAGAAAUCAAGUGUGCUGUGUUUCGAUGAGUUCCAAUGUACGGAUGUUGCGGACGCAAUGAUCCUCCGGAGACUUCUCGAGUCUCUCAUGUCCCACGGCGUGCUCCUCGUUACCACCUCCAACCGUCAUCCCGAUGACCUCUACAAGAACGGCAUCCAGCGCGAAUCCUUCAUCCCCUGCAUCAACCUUCUCAAGACCGCCCUCGACGUGAUCAACCUCAACUCUCCCACCGACUAUCGCAAGAUCCCCCGGCCCCCAGCAGCCGUCUACCACACCCCGCUCGGCCCUGACGCCGACCGCCACGCCCAGAAAUGGUUCGAAUUCCUCGGAGACCCGGUCAACGACCCUCCACACCCAGCGACGCAGGAAGUCUGGGGUCGCAAGAUCCAGGUCCCGCUCGCCAGCGGCAAGGCUGCGCAAUUCACCUUCCAGCAGCUGAUUGGAAGCGCUACCGGAGCCGCCGACUAUCUGGAGCUGGUCCGGAACUACGAGGCAUUCAUUGUCACCGAUGUGCCGGGAAUGAACCUGAACCAACGAGAUCUGGCGCGACGAUUCAUCACCUUCAUUGAUGCCGUUUAUGAGAGCAGGGCCAAACUCGUCCUCACCACCGCCGUCCCCCUAACCAACCUCUUCCUCUCGCCGGAAGACGUCAAAUCCACCCUUUCCGACGACGGCAGCGACCUCUCCGACGCGAUGCGCAUGAUGAUGGACGACCUCGGCCUGUCGAUGCAAGCACUCAAAACCACCUCCAUCUUCAGCGGUGACGAGGAGCGCUUUGCGUUUGCGCGCGCGCUGUCCCGUCUCUCAGAGAUGGGAAGUAAGAUGUGGGUUGAGCGUGGUCUGGGAGUAGGCAUGGACGUGGAAGAAGGGAAGAGUGAACAUGAUGCAUACUUGAAGGCGAGAAGUCGGUGGAGUGAAGAUAACAUGUAAAGAUUGGAUUAGAAAUGAGUUGAGGUACUGUGGGGACAAAAGAGGUGGGGAUGGUUGGUUGGUUAUUUUGGCCGUGGUCGAGGUUGCGUACAUUGGGCUUUUCGUUGCAUAUAUACACCCGUCUAUACAUACAUACACAUACAUUUCAUAGAGCAGACAGACAGACAGAUAGCAUAUACUCGC